UCCCUGAUUGGUAUUCGUCAUCACCCCGGAAUAAGAAUGGUGGACUACGAGGUAACCGUCUACACCGGUGACCGUGUCAACGCCACCACGUUGAACAGCGUGCACAUAAAACUGGUGGGAACAAAUGGCGAGAGUGACCGCACGUGGCUGAGGUCUUUGGUCAUCUUCAGAGGAUCAGUGUCUACUUACACGGUUUCCUGCCCAAACUCCCUUGGAGAGUUGGUUCUGAUAGAACUAGACAAACGGCAAUUCUUCCUUUUGCCCGACGACGCUUGGUUCCCUGACAAGGUGGAAAUCAAAUCACCCGAGCAAGACAUCUACACCUUUCCCAUCCACUGCUGGAUCAGUGACAGGGAGACUCACCGCUAUAGAGAGGGCAAAGCUCUGAGGACCUUUGAUGAAACCAACUCACUUGGUCAGUAUGCGAGGGAGCAGGAGCUGAGCCAGCGAAGCAUAGACUACGAAUGGGAAUUGUAUCAUCCAGGUGUGCCCUACACCAUAAAGUCAGAUGGUCCUUCUAGCUUGCCGGAUGAGGUCCAGUUCUCCUUCACCAAGACUACAGAGUUUGCAUUCACAGCAGCUACAGGGUUGGCCGAGCUCCAGCUAAAAGGGUUGGUUGACAACCAGGAAAACUGGGAAAAUCUUGACAAAAUCAAUGACGUUUUCCGGAACAAAGAUACCCCCUUAUCAGAUUAUGUCCAGGAGCACUGGACGGAAGAUGGAUUAUUUGCAUACCAGUUUCUAAAUGGAGUCAAUCCCACCUUGAUUCGACGUUGCAAAACUCUACCGAAAAAUUUCCCUGUGACGGAUGACAUGGUCUUCAUGCCGGAUGGAUCAAGCUUGUCGAAGGAGAUGACGGAAGGCAACAUAUACCUGUGUGACUACAAGAACCUGGACGGCAUGCCGGCCAACACCAUUCAAGGGAUGCAGCAGUACUUGACGGCGCCCCUUGUCUUGCUUCAUAAAAGACCCGACGACAAGCUGAUGCCGAUUGCCAUCCAGCUGAAGCAGACUCCGGCUGAGGACAACCCCAUCUUCCUCCCAACUGACUCCCCAUAUGACUGGCUGACAGCUAAGAUUUUUGUCAGAAGUGCCGAUUUUGCAGAGCACCAAAUCAAUGCGCACUUACUGCGCACUCACCUGCUGGCGGAGGUUUUUGCGGUGUCACUGCUGCGCAAUCUGCCAAUGGUGCAUCCCCUGUACAAGCUCCUCAUACCCCACACUCGCUACACUCUGCAGAUCAAUGAAUUAGCUCGGACACAGUUAAUAGGACCAACUGGAGUCUUCACCCUGUUUGCAGCUCCUGGUGGAGAGGCUUUGACGAAGAUCUUGGCGAGAUCGCUGUCCUCAAUCACCUUCAGGUCCCUUUGCAUCGCUGAUGACAUUGUCGAUCGCGACUUGCAGGAUGUCCCCAACUUCUACUACAGAGAUGAUGGACUCCAACUUUGGAACAUUAUGUCUAAAUAUGUGCAGGGAGUAAUACAGUACUACUACAAGAGCGAUGAUGAGAUCCAGCGAGACUCAGAACUGCAGACUUGGAUUAAGGACAUUUUUGAACGCGGAUUCCUUUCCCAGACACAAACAGGAAUCCCUCAGAGUUUCACCACUGUACCCGAGCUGGUCAAAUUUGCCACCGUGGUGAUGUUUACAAGUUCAUGCCAACAUGCAGCUGUAAACAGCGGACAGUACGACUACGGUGGCUGGAUGCCCAACACCCCGGCAACCCUGCAGCGUCCUCCACCAACAGAAAAGGGGACAACCAGCAAGGCCACAAUGCUGGAGACUUUGCCCCCGAUCAAUGUCACAGUUCAAGGAAUGGCCACAGUCUGGCUGCUCAGCAGGCAGUCAUCAGACUUUGUCCCUCUCGGACACUACCCGGAAGACCAUUACACUGAAGAGACUCCCCGCCAAUUGCAAAAGGAUUUUAAAGCCGAGCUUGACAUGUUAUCGAUCGCGAUCGGCAACAGAAACCAAGGUCUGGAAAUCCCGUACACGUAUCUCGACCCAAAGAAGGUCGAGAACAGUGUGGCCAUCUAAACAAGCAAAAAGGAAGAAGCCGUGAAUCACAAAUGUUUGUUUUCAGUGUAUACAGUAUUGAUUGUUUGUGUUAUUCGACAUAUUUGUUUUAAAAAGGGGAACCUUCACAGUUUGACUUUCAGGUUUUACAAUUUUAUCCAAUUUCCCCGGCAAACUCAGAAAAACUGACUUGAUGAAUUCCUGGCCAAGAAGUCCUUGCCAACAUAAAACCUGUAUUAACUGUACAAGCACCGUUUUGUGUAACGUUACAAGAGUGAUAAUUACCACACAAGUGUAGAGAUGAUAAUGAAACAAAAAGAGUUUAAGUGUGCCCCAAUUUGCCGAGGUGUCAUUUGUUAGUUCGAGUCCUAUUCAUGCCGAAAUGUUUUAACUUCAAACUGCCUUUGACUCGCGCAUCCUUUUCACCAUUGUGGAUAAGAUGAGUCGGGAAUAGAUGGAUACCCUUGUGACCCCGGCGGGGUUGAAAAGGUGAAAGUGUCUUUGCGGAAUAUAUUUUCCUUACAUUCUGCUCUGAUCUGACUUGAAUAUAAAAAAGUUUAAAAUCUCACAGGCCUUUCGAAAUGCAAUGAUUUCAUCAAAUUCGUUCUCGCACGACGCCUUCUUCAGUCAGGGAGCGAUUGUGCCAUAACGUCCGCGUGACGACGGAGCACACCAGUUGGGUCGCUUUAAUGCGGUUUCCCCAUCGCCCAUUCAAGCGUCGCCACCCGGGCAAGAACGCGCAGCGCGAGGCAACGGAGGACACGCAACAAUGCUUCUUCUUCUUCUUCUUUUUCCCCCCCAUUCUUAAAAUAAUUCUUAU